UGGGCCAACGAAAGAACCAAGCCCAAGCCAAACCUGGUGCGAGCGCUGUUGACGCGACAUAAGCUCACAUUCGUGUGGACGGGGGUGCUGUUUGGUAUCGCGCAAGCGUCUUUGUUUGCUGGGCCGUUAUUGUUGCGCGAAAUUAUCGCUGGACUUGAAUGCGAAAAAUUCGCUGAGAAGUUCGGCGUCUCGGCUGCCGCCGCCGGAUGUACGGCGAAGCGCAAGAUGUAUGAGUACGCAAUUCUUCUCGCCGCAGCGUCGAUUUUGCAAAACUUUUGCACAGCGCACACGGAAUUCGCGCUUCAAAAGAUUGGCAUAUCGGUUCGUAACAGUUUGAUGUGCGCGCUGUAUCGCAAAGUGUUGCGACUGUCGCCAAAAGGACUACAAUCCGAGUCGACGGGGCGCAUCGUGACUUUGAUGUCGAACGACGUCAACAAAUUGCAGGAACUGUUUGCCAUGAUCCACAACUUAUGGGCAGCGCCGAUUUUCAUCGUUGCGUCCUUCGUGCUACUUUACGACGUUCUCAAGUGGAGUGCCUUCAUUGGUUUUGCAUGCAUCCUCGUCGCAGCGCCCUUCACCUUCUUCGUCGCCAUGACUUUGUUCAAGAUUAGACGUGGCUUGGUUAAGUGCGCGGAUGAGCGUAUUAACAUUGUGGGCGAGCUUAUUAAUGGCAUGCGCGUGAUCAAGUACUACGCAUGGGAGAACACGUUCGCCGAUAGAGUCAGAAAGAUUCGCGACCGCGAAGUCGGUUUAGUCUGGAAAUCGCAAAAAGUGGGCGCACUUUUUGGAGUCGCUCUCUUCAGUACUCCGGUCUUCAUUGCCGUGUGUUCUCUCGGCACUUAUUCUCUCUCUGGAAACCCGAUCAUCACGAGUAAAGCCUACACGGCCUUGGCUCUGUUCAACAUGCUCCGUUUCCCCCUCGUGCUCGUGCCGUUUCUGCUCAACACGUUGCUCAACGCGCUCAACGCGAUUCAGCGUUUAGCGUCCUUCCUCGACGCGGACGAGUAGAAGAAAGAGAAGAAAAUUGAAGAGGACAAGUUGGAAGAAGCUGUCACCGUCGAUGAAACCGUGGUAAACGUCACCGUGGCUGAAGAAGAACCAUUUGAACUCGCUGGGCUCGACUUUGAAGUAAAACCUCGGACUCUGACCAUGAUCGUCGGCCCAGUCGGUUGCGGCAAAUCGACGCUCGCUUCGGCGCUCAAUAAGUUUGUCACGUGCAAGAGCGGCGAUAUCAAAGUGAGUGGUGCGGUAUCAUUCUGCGCGCAACAAGCGUGGAUCUUAAACGCGACUGUCAAAGAGAACAUCGUAUUUGGCCAGGUGUACGAUGAGAACAAGUACGAAAAGGCUGUCCGCCUGGCGCAGCUCGCGUCAGAUCUAGAAAUUUUGCCCGCGGGCGACCAAACGACCAUCGGCGAGCGCGGUGUGACGCUUUCGGGCGGCCAAAAGCAGCGCGUUGCCAUUGCGCGUGCUUUGUACGCGGAAAGCGAUGUUUACAUCUUUGAUGAUCCCCUGAGCGCCGUAGAUAACCACGUCGGCUCUGCGCUCUUCAAGGAAGUCAUGACGGGAGAACUGAAGGACAAGACUGUGAUUCUCGUCACCAACGCGCUUCAGUAUUUGCCCAGAGCCGAUCAAGUCGUGGUGCUGGGCGACGGCAAGAUGCAAGAAGUUGGCAACUACAACUCGCUCAUGGCUAAAAAAGGUGCUUUUUGCGAGCUUAUGAAGACGCAUGGCAUCGAUCGCGACGAAGGCGACGGAUCCACAGAGAAGAAGACGGAAAAGCCUGAUCUCUUCCGUCAACGAACUGUUAUCAACUCUUCUGCCAAGGACGUCGACGCGACCAAAGAAGAAGAACGCGCGACGGGCAACGUUAGCGCGCGCGUGUAUCUCAAGCUUUUCGAAGCCACGGGAACGAAGUGGAACUUCAUUUUUGUCAUAAUGUUUUUUGGCUGCGAGUACGGAACCAAGGCUUUCCUCGAUUAUUGGUUGACUUGGUGGGCGACGAAUCAGUUCGGGUGGACGAGCAACGAAUAUCUUCUCAUGUACUUUGGGAUCUUUGUCGUCAACGGCAUUUUUAUCUUCGUUCGAAGUCUUACUCUCUACUUUUUCCUCUGCCGCGCAUGCCGAUGGAUGCACGAAAACUUGCUCUCGCGAGUGAUGAAGAUGCCCAUGAGUUUCUUCGACACCACCCCGAGUGGCCGCAUCAUUAACCGCUUCAGCCGUGACACAGAGACAAUUGAUAUCGUGUUGCCGGGCAUCGUCGUGCAGUUCCUCGGGUGCAUCUCAAACAUCAUCACCACGCUCAUCAUUGUGUGCGUGGCCACGAAAUGGUUCACUGUUGCCCUGCCGCCUAUCCUCAUUCUUUACCUCUCGAUUCAGAGAUUUUACAUCCCUGCUUGCCGCGAGUUGCAGCGUAUUGAGUCCAUCACGCGAUCACCGAUCUACAGCGGAUUGGGCGAAGCCGUAAGCGGCGUCGAGACUAUUCGAGCGUACCGGGUCGGCGGGCACUUCACCAUGAUGGCGAACCGCUUAAUGGAAAAGAACGCUGACGCCUACGUCACGCAGCGCCUCGUCGCUCUCUGGCUCGCGAUUCGGUUGCGUCUCAUCGGCAGCGUCAUCGUCUCUUGCGCCACGUUCUUGGUGAUCCAGGGUAACGUGAGCGCCGGUCUGGCCGGUUUGACGCUCGUGUACGCGCUUGAUGUCACCAAGUACAUGGAACACGGCACCAACAUGGCGAGCGAAUUGGAAACAAAAAUGAACGCCGUCGAGCGUAUCGUAGAAUACUUGGAUAAGCCGUUGGAGAGCUCUCACGAUACCGAUGCCAGCGUCGCCCUCGGCAUUCCUGUGGAUUGGCCGAAGAAGGGUAAGCUCGAGGUCGAUAAUCUCAGCAUGCGCUACCGCCCUGGCUUGCCUUUGGUGUUGAAAAACUUGACCUUCACCGUCAACUCGGGCGAAAAAGUAGGCAUUUGCGGUCGUACCGGUAGCGGUAAGUCUUCCAUGUUCGUCGCUCUAUUCCGGAUCGUCGAACCGGCGACGGGUACGGUGCGCCUGGAUGGGAUUGACAUCAGAGCGCUCGGAUUGCGAGACUUGCGAUCCAAGAUGGCUAUGAUUCCGCAAGAUCCGUUCAUGUUUGCCGGUUCCAUUCGCAGUAACCUGGAUCCCUUCGACGAGCAUCAAGAUGAUGCGGUGUGGGAAGUGUUGGAGAAGGUUGGAUUGCGUCCGAUGGUGGACAAGAGCGCGAAGCGCUUGGACAUGGAGGUGAUCGACAACGGCGCCAACUUUUCGCUCGGACAGCGACAGCUUCUGUGCAUGGGUCGCGCUUUGCUGCGCCAAAGCCGCGUAUUGAUGAUGGACGAAGCCACCGCAUCAGUUGACAUGGAUAGCGACGCUUUGAUUCAGAAGACCGUGCGCGAAGCCUUUAGCGACUGCACGACGCUCACCAUCGCGCAUCGCUUGAACACCAUCAUGGACAGCGACAAGGUGGCCUUCUUGGACAGAGGUGAACUCGUCGAAUACGGCGAGCCG